UCUGCUUGGGUGAAAAUGACAGGCACCAGCUAUCAACCAAUAGCAUUUUCAGGAAUCAGCUGACUAGUCUGGACAGCACCAGGUGUUAUCAUUUCUUUCCUUGAAAACGAGAAGUAUCGGCGUAGGCUGCAGGUGCUGUGUGGAUGUCUAUGAAUCGCACCAUGCUCUUCACAAAGGCUACAUGGAAGAUCGCAGCAUAGUGGAUAUAGGAACGACAAGUACAUAAAAGAUUGUUAGAAUCGUAUGGAUUAAAUGUAUGAUACUAUCUUUCCUUUUACGCGACAAAAAUUAAUUCGUUUAUUUUUGUGUGGUUAUUCACUGAUCAUACAGACUAUGGGUUUUCAUUCGAACCCUUUCAGGUGUUAAAAAGGAACUGCGUCUGCCAUCAUCCUUGCAUGCCGACGAGAUUCCCUUUGUUAUCUCAAGAUCUAGAGAGGCUGCAAGGAUCACAGAACAUCUAGACAUUCAGAAAAAAUACACCUGUUAUCAGAAGGACCUAAGCUAUACUUAUCUCAAUCAUUUAAGAGGAAUAAAACCACCAAUCAACUAAAUCACUGGUUAAUGACAAUAUCACAACUUCCUUCAAAUUCAUUUAUCCCUUGUUCUAUCCCACCUUUUGUGGGUAAGGGCAGGUGACCAAAAGCAAACAGAAUGGCUGGAGAGAGCUUCAAAUACUGUCUUCUAGGCCAGUUGUUUGCUUUCCUGAUCCUGGCAACCGUUGGACUGUCCUCUGUCCAGAGCAAUGAGUGUCCCCAGCUCUGUGUGUGUGAGAUCCGACCCUGGUUCACCCCUCAGUCCACCUACAGAGAGGCCACGACCGUGGACUGCAACGACCUUCGUCUCACACGCAUCCCUGGCAACCUCUCCAGCGACACACAGGUCCUCCUCCUGCAGAGUAACUACAUUGCAAGGACCAGCGAGGAGUUGGAGCAGCUCUUCAACCUGACUGAGCUGGACCUCUCCCAGAACAACUUCAGCAGCAUCCGUGACGUGGGCCUGAGCAACAUGUCCCAGCUCACCACCUUGCACCUGGAGGAGAACCAGAUCACUGAGAUGCCUGACUACUGCCUGCAGGACCUCAGCAACCUGCAGGAGCUCUACAUUAACCAUAAUCAGAUCAACAUAAUUUUCCCCAAUGCUUUUUCCGGGCUGCACAACCUGCUUAGGCUCCACCUUAACUCCAACAAGCUGAAGGCCAUUGACAGCCGUUGGUUUGAGUCCACACCCAACCUAGAGAUUCUCAUGAUUGGGGAAAACCCUGUGAUUGGUGUCCUAGACUUUAACUUCAAGCCUUUAGUCAACUUAAGGAGCUUAGUAUUAGCUGGAAUGGAUUUAACAGAUGUACCUGGGAAUGCCUUUGUGGGACUUGAUAAUCUUGAAAGUCUAUCUUUCUAUGACAAUAAACUGGUCAGAAUUCCUCAGAAAGCCCUUCAAAAACUGCCAAACCUGAAGUUCUUGGACUUGAACAAAAACCCUGUCAUCAAAAUCCAAGAGGGGGACUUCAAAAACAUGUUGAGACUGAAAGAAUUGGGUAUUAAUAACAUGGUGGAGCUGGUGUCUAUUGACCGUUACGCCCUUGACAAUCUGCCUGAGCUCACCAAGCUGGAGGCUACCAAUAACCCCAAGUUCUCCUAUGUCCACCACUAUGCCUUCCGUGAUGUCCCAGCUCUGGAGAGCCUCAUGCUGAACAACAAUGCCCUAAAUUCCCUUUACCAGGCCACAGUGGACUCUCUGCCCAAUUUGCGGGAGGUCAGUAUCCACAGCAAUCCCCUACGCUGUGACUGUGUCAUCAAAUGGAUGAGCUCCAACAAGACCAGCAUCCGCUUCAUGGAGCCCCUGAGCAUGUUCUGUGCUAUGCCAGCCGAGGUCAGAGGUCGACAUGUGAGGGAGGUUCUACAGCAGGACUCCUCUGACCAGUGUCUACCCAUGAUCUCCCAUGACACCUUCCCCAACCACCUCAACCUGGACAUCGGCAUGACGGUGGACUUGGACUGCAGAGCCAUGUCCCAACCAGAGCCUGAAAUCUACUGGGUAACUCCAAUGGGAAACAAAGUGAUGAUGGAUACCCUGUCUGAUAAGUACUGCCUCAGUAGAGAAGGGACACUACGGAUCUCUCACAUCCAGGUAGAGGACUCUGGUACGUACACAUGUGUGGCACAGAACAAAGAGGGCGCAGAUACCAGGGUCAUUGCCAUGAGAGUGAAUGGGACUCUCUUGGAUAGUACCCAGCUUAUGAAGAUAUAUGUUAAACAAACAGAGUCCCACUCCAUCCUGGUCUCCUGGAAGGACAAUUCCAAUGUCAUGACCUCUAAUAUCAAGUGGUCAUCUGCCACGGUGGAAAUAGACAAUCCCCACAUCACAUACACAGCCAGGGUGCCAGUAGAUGUUCAUGAGUAUAAUCUCACACAUUUACAACCUGCAACUGAGUAUGAGGUCUGUCUCACAGUCUCUAACAUUCACCAGCAAACUCAGAAGUCAUGUGUUAAUGUCACAACAAAGCAUGCUACCUUUGCUGUGGAGAUAUCUGAUCAAGGGACCAAUACUGCUCUAGCAGCUGUAAUGGGAACAAUGUUUGCAAUCAUCAGCCUGGCCUCUAUGACCAUAUACAUUGCCAAGAGGUGGAAAAGGAAAAACUACCAUCACUCUCUGAAAAAGUACAUGCAGAAAACCUCCUCCAUCCCAUUAAAUGAGCUGUAUCCUCCCCUCAUCAACCUGUGGGAGGCGGACAGUGAGAAGGACAAAGAGGGCUCCUCAGAGACCAAACCCAGCCAGGUUGACACCACACGGAGCUACUACAUGUGGUGAGAGAUGCUACCAAUGAUGAAUGCAGAGGCUUUUUUUGAGGAGCACAAACAUACACCUUGGGCUUCUUUGUGUGACAGGCAGAUCAAGGGCAUUUUCUGGCAUUGGAGGCUAAGGACAGAUUGAUAUUUCAGACUUCUUAGAAGUGUACUGCCUUUUUUCUUGCCCACUUUUCUGACACUCAGUAUGGCAGCUUUGCUUAGCUCCCAGGACUUAGUGGUCACUGUGCUUUAUUUUUUAGUAACCAUUUGAUAGCACAGCAUGGAUAUUGUCAUGGAUUCACUGAAAUCAUAUACAUUUUGAUUUGUAUGAAUGGCAGUAUUCUUUAUAGAUGCAAUUUUCUUUAAAAAAACAAAACAGUUUCACUGUUAACUGUUGUGCACUGAAAUAUAUAAACAAAAUUGUCUAUU